AAGAUGGCUCUCAAAAAUGCAAUGAUAUUAUUAUGCUCUAUAUUGCUCCCCAUCUUCUUCAAUGCUGAAUUAUCAGCUGAUUCUAAUAAACAGCCACUCCCACCAUUCUCUUGUGACUCCACAAAUCCAUCCACAAAGUCGUACCCGUUCUGCAACGUUGAUUUGCCGAUCGAAAAACGGGCCCGCGACUUGGUAUCUCGACUCUCAUUGGACGAGAAAAUAUCACAGCUUGUGAACGAGGCGUCGGCCGUACCGAGACUAGGAAUACCGUACUACCAGUGGUGGUCGGAAGCUCUGCAUGGAGUCGGCGGCUCUACGCCAGCACAAUCCGGUGUUUCGUUCAACGGGACUAUCAACGCGGCAACUAGUUUCCCUCAAGUUAUACUCACCGCAGCUACAUUUGAUGCAAACCUUUGGUAUCGAAUGGCCAAGGUGAUGGGCACAGAAGCUAGAGCUCUAUACAAUGAAGGGCAGGUAACAGGCAUGACAUUUUUUUCGCCAAACAUCAACAUUUUUCGAGAUCCGAGGUGGGGAAGGGGACAAGAGACACCUGGCGAAGACCCUUUUCUUACAAGCAAAUAUGCUGUCUCGUAUGUUCGAGGAAUCCAAGGCGACAGUUUCGAAGGCGGUGAUCUCAAAGACGGCCGUUUACAAGCCUCUGCAUGCUGCAAGCAUCUCACCGCUUACGAUUUAGAGAGUUGGAACGGAAAUAGUCGUUUUACAUUCAAUGCUCGCGUGACAAAGCAGGAUAUGGUAGAUACAUAUCAGCUACCUUUCAAGAGUUGUGUACAAGAAGGGCAAGCGAGCGGGAUAUUGUGCGCUUAUAAUUUUGUAAAUGGUGUUCCAAAUUGUGUUGAUUAUGAUCUAUUAACGAAAACUGUUCGUGGCGAAUGGGGAUUCCAAGGGUAUAUAACAUCGGAUUUUCAUGCGGUCGAGCAUCUUUAUGAGAAGCAAAAUUACUCCAAAACAACUGAAGAUGCUGUGGCGGACGUUCUCAAAGCAGGCAUGGAUGUCGAAUGCGGCUCCUAUUUGGCGAAUCACACAAAAUCAGCAGUCGAAAAGGGAAAAGUGUCUGAAUCUGAUGAUAUAGACAGAGCCCUUUAUAAUCUCUUCACUGUUAGAAUGAGAUUAGGACUUUUCAAUGGAAAUCCAAGUGAACUUCCUUACGGCAAUCUUAGCCGCAACGACGUAUGUAGUCGCGAGCAUCAAGAUUUGGCACUCGAAGUUGCACGUGACGGGAUUGUCCUUUUAAAGAACUCUGCGAAUCUUCUUCCACUAUCCAAAUCCGAAAUAAAAUCGCUUGCGGUAAUAGGCCCAAAUGCCAAUGUCUCCGAUACACUCUUAGGAAACUACGCAGGUCCCCCUUGCAAGACAGUUACUCCACUACAAGGACUAAUGAAUUAUGUCAAGAAUAUUGAAUACCAUGAGGGUUGUGAAACGAUCAACUGCACAUCGAUUUCCUCAAUAAAAGUUGUAAAAGAACUAUCAAAAUCAGCAGAUUAUGUGGUUCUGGUAAUGGGACUUAAUCAAGAUCGAGAAGGCGAAGAUUUGGAUCGAGAAGACUUGGUACUACCAGGUCAGCAGCAACGUCUUAUUACGAUUGUUGCAAAGGCAGCUAAAAAUCCGGUUAUAUUGGUAUUGCUUUGUGGAGGUCCUGUUGAUAUUUCGUUUGCGAAAGGUAAUCCAAAGAUUGGGAGUAUAUUGUGGGCUGGAUAUCCGGGUGGAGCCGGAGGAAAAGCAAUUGCUGAGAUCAUAUUUGGUGAUCACAAUCCAGGAGGAAGGCUACCUGUGACAUGGUAUCCAAAAGAUUUCAUCAAAAUACCAAUGACUGAUAUGAGAAUGAGGCCCGAUCCUUCGUCUGGAUAUCCUGGACGAACAUACAAAUUUUAUCAAGGUGAAAAAGUUUAUGAAUUUGGCUAUGGUCUUAGCUACUCAACCUAUUCUUACAAAUUUGUUUCAGUUAGUGAAAGCAAGCUUAAAAACUUGGGCAAUAUACUAGUUUCUAAUAUUGGCUCGGAAUUAUGUGAGAGGGCAAAGUUUCUAGUUAUUGUCAGUGUUGAAAAUGAUGGGCGUAUGGCCGGUAAGCAUCCGGUUCUAUUAUUUCUAAGACGGGAUAAAGCGGUUAAAGGUAGUCCCGUGAAACAGUUGGUUGGAUUUCAGACAUUGAAGUUGAAUGCAGACGAAAAGGCUAAUGUUGAAUUUGAAAUAAAUCCAUGCGAGCACUUUAGUACAGCUAGUGAAGAUGGAACAAUGUUGAUUGAUGAUUCAGGGCUGCAAUAUUUGGUUGUCGGAGAUCAAGAGUAUCCUAUGCUGUCAACCCAAAUGUUUAGUAAAAAAAAUUCUCAAUUCUUUUGAAUUGUUAGUUAAUUGUAGUUAAACUCUAUAUAUAAAUAAAUGUUGAAUAAGAAUAAGUUUUGAGUUCA